AUGUCGGCCAAUAUCCAAUCAGAUGUAUCAUUCCUUGAUGGCUAUACUGUUACUGAUCAUUUCAAGGCAUUUAUCAACUAUUUAAAUGCACAAUCUAAAGUUCAUGACGAUAAAGUGUUUGCUCGUUACUAUUCUGAUGGUAGAUACAAGACUCUAACUUAUGCUCAAAUUGAUCAUCUCUCUACUAAUUUGGCUUGCAAGUGGGUUAAGAAUGCAGUAAACGCUAACGUUAUUUCCUUGAUAUGUGAUCAUUCUGUUACUUACUUGAUCAUUAUGAUCGCUAUUAUGAAAUUACGUGUAACUAUGAUGGCCGUAUCUACUCGUAAUUCUGAAGCUGCUAUUACGAAUUUGCUGGAAAAGACUAAUUCUAAACUUUUUAUUGCUGAUGAAAAAUACAGUGCCAUUGCUAGUGCUGCUGCCUCUAAUGUCCCUAAUGUUAAGAUCAUCACUAUUACUUUCCUUGACAUUGAUACUCUUCUUAAAGAACCUUUAAAUCCUGACUAUAAACAAUUACUGGAUAUGAGUUUUUCUGAUGAUGACAAAGAGAAAUCUGCUUUAAUUAUCCAUAGUUCUGGUUCGACUUCAUUCCCUAAACCUAUCUAUCUUAGUAACAGAUAUUUGCUCAACAUGUUAAGGUGUUACCAUUUGAUUGUCAAUGCUAAAGAAGGUUUAGAAAAGAUUACUGAUAAAGAUGUUAUGCUUACUUGUGCACCACUCUUUCAUAUUUUUGGUGUCUUUGCCUGUUUCUCUAUGGUCACCUUUGGGGCCAGCACUAUUUUCUUACCUAAACUUCCUGCUUCUCAAUCUGAAAUUCAUGAAUCAUUUGUCUCAAAUAAAUGUACUUUACUCUGUGCACCUCCUCUUAUCCUAGAAGAAAUGAUUUUUUACCUUAAAGAACAUAAUGACUUUACUCAUGUUAGACGCCUAAAGUAUAUUCUCUUUGGUGGUGCCCCAUUUAAACGCGAAUCAGGUGACUGGCUUCAUGCUCAAGGUAUUAAUAUUCAUACGAUGUAUGGUACGACUGAAAUUGGGCCUAUUAUGACAUCUGAUAUGAACAAUAACAGUAAAAGCUGGAAUUCUGUUUCUAUGUUUGACUGCUAUGAUUCAGAGGGCAAGCCUUAUGCCGUCUAUGAAAUAAAUGACCCUUCUGAACCGGAUGUCUAUCACCUUUACUUACGUGCCGAUUCUCCUUACAUGGCUACUGGUGUGGGCAAUCGUGAAGAUGGUGGUUAUGAUACAAAUGAUCUCUUUAAACAAGAUCCUAAUUGCCCCGGUCGCUAUCAAUAUUUAGGUCGUCGUGAUGAUACUAUUAUUAUGGAGAAUGGUGAAAAGACAAACCCGCUUCCUAUGGAAGGUACUAUUCGUGAAAGCCCCAUGGUGAAGCAAGUUGUUGUACUUGGUCAAUCUCGUCAAUGUACUGCUGCUCUGAUUGAAGUGGAUAUGGAUUAUGCUAUACAUUUCGGACCUGAGGAUAUCAUUGCAGCUGUUCAUGAUGCUGUUAAAGAAGCUAACAAGGAAUGUCCUAAUCAUAGUAUCAUUCUUCCUCAAAUGGUUAAAAUUUUACCCUUUGAUCAACAUUUACCUUCUACAGAUAAGGGUACAGUCAUUCGUAAGAGGGUUACUGCUGACUUUAAGGAAAUGAUCGAUAAACUCUAUUAUGAUUUCUUGGAGGGCCCUAAACGAGGUAAACUUAGUAAUGACGAUAGCUCCACUUGGGUACCUGAACAAGUGGAAAAUUUCUUGAUUGAUAGUGCUGCUGAUGUCUUGGGUAUUGCUAAAUCAUCGUUCAAGGAUCAUCAUCAAUCUAUAUUUGACUUGGGCCUUAACUCUCUUUUAUCUAUUCAACUUCGUAAUAAGAUUGCUCAGUAUUUUGAUAAUGUCCCUCAAAAUUUCUUAUUUGAACAUCCAAGUAUUCAUUCUAUGCGUAGUGCCCUCUUGAGUGAUCAAAGGGAAGAUAUAAAUGAACAAUUAGAGAAACGGACUCAUGAAACUCAGGAACUGGCUAAGAAUUAUAUCAAGAAAGCGAAGGCUGAUUUCCCUUUUGCAAAGAAUGAUUAUAGCGACAAGAGGGAUAAGGUUAUCCUCUUAACAGGUGCCACAGGUUCUUUAGGUUCCUUUAUGUUACGCGAUUUAUUAGAAAACAAGGAAGUGAAGAAAGUGUAUUGUUGUGUCCGUGGCCAGGCCGAGAAGUUAUUUGAGCGUCUUAUUGAAUCAUUUGAAUCUCGUGACUUGAAUGUCACUCUCUUAAAGACGGAUCGUGUUGAGGUGUUACCGAUGAACUUCAAUGAGCCUUUCCUUGGCUUCUCUGAAGAAAAAUACAAUCAACUGAAAGAAGAGGUUACCAUUGUUCAACACUGUGCCUGGUUACUUGAUUUUAAUAUGAAUAUUGAGCACUACGAUAAGGAGUGUAUCGCACCCUUCUAUAAUUUGUUAAAGUUUGCUUAUAAGGAAGUGAACCCGAUGCAUGUUCACUUUAUCUCUAGUGUCUCUGCUAGUGCCGCUGCUGGUGAGGAGAUUGCGGAAGAGCCUUUACCUCUUGAUGCCCACGUCACUAUGCCUAUGGGUUAUGCUCAUUCCAAGUUUGUAGUCGAAAUUUUGUUCAACUAUUUGACUGUCGAAAAGAACUUCCCCUGUUAUGUCGAACGUCUUGGCCAAGUCUGCGGUGACUCUAUCAAUGGCGUAUGGAAUAUCUCUGAACAAUAUCCUUUAAUGUUUAUUGGUGGUGGCUCAGUGAUGCACAAGAUGCCUGAAUUAGAUACUGUUAUUGAUUGGAUUACAGUAGAUUAUGCCUCUGCCUCUAUUGUGGAAAUUAUGCUUCGUACUGCUUAUUUGUCAGCCGAUAACAAGAAUUGUGUCUAUCACGUUGUAAAUCCUAACCUUAUUCAUUGGGUCGAUGUCCUUGAGGCGAUGAAGGGGGCUGGUAUGAAAUUUGAAACUAUUUCAACUAGCCAAUGGGUUGAAGAUCUUGCCAAGGAUACUACUAACCCUGCUAGUAAGCUUCUUUCCUUUUAUGAAUCCAACUUUAAUGAUAGUUUCAAGUUCCCUAUUUGGCAAACUAAGAAGACAAGUCUUAUAGCCCCCAUCAUUAAGGAAUGUCCCGUUUUAGACACUAAUUUGUUUGCCAAGUACUUGAAGCGUUGGCAAACUGUUGGUUUCUACGAUCCUUCCCUCUAG